AUGAACCAGACAACAACUACAACAACAACAACUACAACAACUACCUUGACGACCAAUGCUACGACCACCGGAAAGGCUACUACAUAUCGGAGUCCUAUAAUGGAAUCCGAUGAGGACGAGUUACUCGCCUCCAGUCAGGAGACGAGUAAGAGUACUACCGGGAGUACCAGCCACAGUACACCGGUAGUGACAGCAGUGUGUACCAAUCAGGGUACUCGUAAGCCAGAUGUGGAAGCUUCCACCUCCAGCGCCGCCAAGAACACCAACCAAAGUGUACUGGCAGCUAAAGGAGAAACAACAAAAAAGAAAAGUAAGAAAUCGCAAAAUCAACUGCGGAAAAACCGGUACCAGAGGGCAGUUUUUGUGCUUAGCAAGAUAGCCAAGGAUCAGGUAGCCGGUAAACCCGUUGAUGAAGUUGAGAUUAAGAGGCUACAGGAAACAGUGGAGGAGUAUGAAAGCUUCCUGAAAAGGAAGCAAUCAGAACCACUGGAAGAGAAUACGAAGGCGAGCAGUUCCCAGAAAAGGAAUCGCUCCCUCAAUGAACCGCAAGGAACCCAUACCAAGAAACCUAGGCAGGGUGAAAGCGAGAAGAACAGUACAAAUGCUGCAAGACACUUCAGCGAUGUAGCCAGGGACUGCCUACAGGUAGCCAUUAUCGACGGAAAUUCAUCCUCACCAAACACUAUACAGGACAGAUGGGUGGAGAUCGACGUCAGAUUGUCGGGUUUAGUGUUAAGCUAUGUGCUCGACAAUCCUGCGGGUCCUCAUCCAGAGUUUGACUCUUCCGAAACCCUGAGGGGUUACAGGUGUAGCUAA